AUGGCCGCUUAUAAGUCCAUCUACGUUGCGGCCAACGGCAGUCCUGGAAGUAAGGAGGUGCUGCACUCUUUUCUGACCAACAAUGGAUUCGAUAACUUCCGCAUCAAGGACCAUGGUUUUGGAGAUGGACGGUGCCUCUUCAUUGACAUCCUAGAAACUUCUUGGAUGCGUUGCGGCAGGGCUCUUCUGGAAGGCAGAUGGAACUUAGGAAAUGAUGGGGAAAGAUUCGUGGCAGUACCGGUUCCAGUAGACGGCCAGACGCCUUUACAGCCUCCACCUCCGCCGCCGGGCCCACAUUCUGUUGAUGCCGAUGCAAGGAGAUGA